AUGUCCACCAAGAUACCAGGAACAACUAUUGGUGGUUUAGUGCUUGUUUCACUUGGACUCAGCAUAACCCUUUACAAGACUACCCUGGAGGCCUAUUCGGUCUUCACCACGGCGACGAGUCUGGGCCAAGACGUGUCUUUCCUCCAUGCCGAGCUGCUCAUUCAGCAAGAGAGACUCAAAAGAUGGGGCGACGGUCUGGGUCUGAGUGGAGAGACCAACGAGCCAGACGAACGAUUGAACUCGGAAACAAGCCUCUUUCAGGCCGUUGUUGCUGCCCUCGCUAGCAUCAGGCUGAUUCUCACAGACCUCGACGAUCUCACAACGUUGUACGGCGUUGAUGUCCAAGAUGAAACCACAGCUCAAAGGCCUUUACUCGAGGAAUUGGCGGCGACGAAACUUAUGGACAGCGAGGCUUUGCUCAGAAAUUAUGAUCGUCGACUGGAGGACGCGAAGGGACUGCAGAAGCGACUGUCGAUCAUGAAGAAGCUUCACUGGGUGAUCCGUGAUAAGGAGAAAUUCGAAGGCCUGAUCCAGAAACUCACAAAGUUCAAUGACGGUCUUUACAGCUUGUUAUCGCCCCUGGACGCACAGCUCCUGGCCGAAGCCCUGGCCGCGCAGCUGUUGAGAACGACAAACCUCGAGCGGUUGAUGGCACUGAAAGCGGCAGCACAGCGAUCACACGUGGAUAUAGCCUCCCUCGCCGAAUUGCGAUAUCGCGCUUCAGGACUCAGUCAACAAGCUUUCAAGUCACCUAACAUGGAGAAACGUCAUAGUUGUGUUAGCCUGACGACUCGACCUACAACGAUUUUCCAACGUCGAUCAACCGGCACAUAUACGGACGAGCAAGACGCCGAAAUGCAGGGGAUAGCGACGCUGAUCGAGUGGAAGGUUUUUGAAAGUGGUCUACCGGGAGAAAUGGCAGCAGCGGUGGAGCGCAACACGAACGAUCUGGCUUACUUCCUCCAAGCCCAAAGCAGAUCACCGGGCCUCCGUUCAUUGAGUUGCAUUGGGUUCAUCAAGAUGCCGGUGGAGACAGCCGAACACGUAAGAUAUGGACUCGUCUACAAGGCACCCGAACCACGGGCUCCCGUCGCGUCGCCUACCUCCCUGUACGACCUGCUACCUCAAAGCGAGGACGAGCAUAUCAGUCACGAGUUCGACCUGGGAGACAAGUUCCGUGUGGCACAAAUCCUCGCCCAAUCAGUCUACGAGCUGCACGUUAGCAACUGGCUUCAUAAGGGUAUCUGCAGCGACAAUGUUCUCUUCUGGCCGAGAAAGGGCCCCAAAGUUACGCCCACUUCGGCAUAUUUGAGUGGAUACGAAUUCACCCGACCAGGACGCCUCCGAGACAAUACACAGCCAGCUGGAGAUGUGGCGAGUAGUGUGUAUGCCCAUCCACUUUACCGCGAAGGGCGUGUAAAGUAUCAUCGUCUCUUCGACAUCUACAGCCUGGGUGUGACACUACUUGAAAUUGGGCUGUGGGCGAGAGCAGGGGAAGCUGUAACAAAAGAGACAUCUGUCUACGCUGUACAAGACCAAUUGAUUGAAUCGUGCGAAAGCGAACUUGGGCCAGCAAUGGGUGCCGAAUACCGGACUGCAGUCAAACUGUGUCUACGAGGAGAUUUCCAAGUGGAAGGUCUGCAUAUCACCGACAGACCUGAGCCUUCCUGGGAUAACUUUGAUCCGAGAGAGAUUGCGCGCCUCGAGGCCGCAGAUGACCAGGUCAAUGCCGAUCUCACAACUGAAUUCUACAUGCACGUGGUAAAGCCGUUGAAAAAGCUCUAUGCCUGA